AUGUUUAGAUACCAGAACUGUCUCAACCGCACCACUCAGGAUUGGAGCAGGCACCUGGUGCUUGCUUUGGGAGCUCCUCAGCUGACCAUCACCCUAAUUUCUGCGGUCUUCAACUCUGCCGUCAUCGUUGCCAUUGUGUAUUCCAAAGCCCUGCACAAGCCCAUCUGCAUUCUUUUCUGCAACUUGGCCAUCUCCGACCUCCUCUCCAGCUCUUCGGGCUUUUGGAUUGCCCUGUUGUUCAUCACCAACCCUCAAAGCACCAUCCUUGGGUCCAAGGUCCUCCUUGGAGCAUACACCUUCUACACAAUGUCGAUCCUGGCCACCAUCUACAACUUAGUCGUCAUUGGGAUUGAGCGUUACUUGGUCGUGGUGGAAAGCCUAAGGACAAGAUGGCGGCUCAACAGGAAUCAGGUCUUGGGUGUGGCAUCGGGUAUUUGGGGGCUGGCCUUCUUUUUGGGUUUCAUGCCCCUGAUGGGGUGGAAUUGCUUGGAUAAGGCCAAUGUCUCUCUUCUUUACAGCCCUCUGUGUAUCGACUACCUUAUUUUCAUCACUGUCCCUCACUCUGCAGUGGCCUUGGUUCUUCCUUUCUUCACCUACUUCAACAUCAUUGGCUUUUUGAGAAAGCACAAGAUGGCAAUGGGGGUACUGGGGCAAGCCAACAACACCUACCGGCUGGCUGAGAUCCAAGUAACCAAGACUAGUGUCUUCAUCUGGCUUCUGGCUUUGCUUUCCUAUACCCCCUUCUUCGUGGGCGUUCUCUUCGAUUUAGCCACUCAUCAGUGCCCCAGCGAUCUCUCUCCAGGUGUCUACGUCUUCCGAAACCUUACAGCGAUGAUGAUCACCAUGAAUUCAUUGGGGAACCCCAUCAUCUACACCCUGAAAAUGAAGAAGCUGGGGCACAGACUCAAGUUUUUGAAGUGCCCUUCCAACAACCGCAUUGAAGUGCAAGCCAUUGGGAAAGUGUGA